UCCCCUGCUUUCUUUCUCUCUUUCUCUCCCACUCAAGGCUCACAUUUUUUAAGCCUGCCCAUUUUACUCUAUACAGUUAUCUCUAUAGCUAUGUAACAACUUGGUUUUCACCAUAUGCUUCAAGCGUUUAUAUACUCAUUCAUCACCUUUUUAGAGUAAAAAUGGGAAAUUCUCUUACUUUUUGUAAACCCAGUUCAGGAUCUUGCUUUCCAGGUGCUAUGGCAAAGAAGGGUAAAUUUGUGAGGGUAGCCAAACCAGAUGGUAAGAUACUGGAGUUUAGUUCCCCAAUCCAUGUGAAGGACAUCUUGACAAAUUUUCCUGUUUAUGGUAUUGGUGUUUCAAAGAAAGCCUCAGAGUCUCUCUCCCCAGAUCAUGAAUUAAAAGCAGGAAGAUUGUACUAUUUGCUUCCCUCUUUGCAUUCCCCUCCAAGUCUUACAUCAAUAGGGAACAAAGAGCCAGAUAGUGGGAUAAAGAGGAUCAAAGUUAUAAUAACAAAGCAGCAGCUUCAGCAAUUAGUGACCAAACAGAUCUCUUUGGAGGAUAUACUAUCACAGGUUCAAACAGUUGAUGUUAAUUCACCAAGCAAUCGGAAGCCAAAAUUGGACUCUAUACCCGAAGAAAAUGAGUAACAUACUACAAAAUAUAUAAAAUACUUGUCUCGUUUUUAUUUUUGAUUAUCUGGCUGU